UCAAUAUACAAUAAUUUUUUCAAGCACAAAUUCGUUUUGUGAAUUAAAUCAAGUUUUCUCUAUUAACAAUGGAUGAAAAUAUAAAUCUUGUAAAAGUAUGCCGUGUAUGCUUAGCACCAGAAAGUAAAAAAGAGAAGUUUACGAGAUUAUUUGGCGAAAAUAAGCAAUUAUCAGUUCAAUUUUUUUUCACAACUAAUAUUACAGUAAUGGAAUUCAUGGAUAUAGCACCGGCAUUAAUAUGUGAUCGAUGUAAGGGAAAUCUCGAAAUUGCAUACAGAUUUAAGAAAAUGGCUUUAGUGGCUGACAAGUUCUUCAAUAACUUGUCUCUUGACAAAGAAGCUGAAAUAUUCAGAGAAUAUAAGCUUGAUGAAAGUGAAAAUUUUUACUUGGAAAAUAUUCAAAUUAAGCAUGAACAAACAAUGAGAGAUGAUGAUAUUGAGCCAAUUCAAUUUCUCGAUUCUAAUCUCGAUCAAAGUGAUUGGAAUGUUAAUCAAUAUACCGUUUCGAAUGAUGACAAUUUUGACAGAAAUGAUGAUAUAGAUAGCAGCAGUAGUGAUGAUUUUAAUGACGAUGAUGAUGACUUCUUCAGUCAAAUGCCACCUAAAAAGGAGAAGUCACCAAAAAAAGAAAAGAAAGAUCCAUCACAAAAAAGAUCAUAUAUUCGAGGUGGCAAUAAAGAAGGAAUCUGCGAUAUUUGUGGCAAAAACUUGUGGAGUGAAGAACGUCUGAAGAAUCAUAUUAAAGUUAAGCAUGAAAUUAUUCCACUCACAGAAUAUAUACCAUGUCCCAUAGAAGGUUGUCGUAAAAAGUUUAAAAUACCACUUUAUGUCGAUCGUCAUAUUGAGAAUAUGCAUAGCAAUACACCAAAAAAGCGUGUCCAAGAAUCUUUUCCGUGCUCAUAUUGUGGUGUCUUCUUGGGCAGCAAGAAUGCUCUAAAGCAGCAUGAAAACAGACAUCUCAUUGCCGUAAGAGGAGAAGAAAUGCUCAUUCAUAGCUGCGAUAUGUGUGGCUAUAAGGCAGAUAAAAAAAUAAAAGUGCAAUAUCAUAUCGAGAGAGUUCAUCUCCAAUUAAGGAAAUUUAAAUGUAAAGUAUGUCCAGCAGAUUUCGUUCAUGCAUCUCUAUUAAAUUACCAUGAACUGACAGUCCAUUUGAAUCUGAGGAAAUUUUCAUGUCGCUUCAACUGUGGAAAGAGCUUCACACGAUCUUCAUGUCGAACUAUUCAUGAGAGAAUCCACAAAAACGAAAGACCUUACAGCUGCAAGUUUUGUGAACGAACAUUCAUUCAUCAUAGUGAUCAUCGAAGGCACGAACUCAGACACACUGGAGGCAUACCUGCAAAAGUCUUUGAUCAACAGAUGAAGCAAGGUUUGGCACAAGUCAUUCACAACUUAAACUAAUCGAAUUGUAUUCCUUAAUAAGAUUUAACUUUGAUGAUUGUGUAUGUAUUAGCUUGUAAGUAAAAUAUGAUUAAAGUUUUACGAGGAACCGACACAAAAUAUCUACUUAUGCUUUUCAUACUUGACAUUCAUUAAUAAAAUAUAUAAUUGAAUGUUUAUUGAUGCAAGGAAAUCAAAAAAAAAAGUCCUAGUGACAUUUAUUCACAGCUAUAAUUUUGAAUAUAAGAAAAUAAAAGUUAUGCUUAUUCAAUCACCUUCUGACUACAAAAAAAAAACGAUUAAUAAUUAAUUAAUUAAUUAAUAUUUUGAUCCAAAUCAACCUUAAUAUUUAAAUAUAUCCCUUAAUCCCUUAGUGGUGAUGAUGAUGAUGAUGGAAUGCAGCAGUCGUUGGAACAUUGUUCUUUUUUUCUUCUUCUUCUGCCUUUUCGUCCCUUAACUUUUCUCCUUCUAAAUUCUUCAGCUGUUGAUUCCACAUUUCAGCAUAAAGUCCAUUUUCUUCCAAUAAUUGUUCGUGCUUUCCUCGCUCUACAAUUUGUCCAUCAUUCAUGACUAAAAUCUCAUCAGCAUGGAUAAUUGUUGACAAUCGAUGAGCUAUAAUUAAGGUUGUCUUAUUGCUACAAACUCGAGCUAAAGCAGAUUGAAUGUUUCGUUCUGUGGUUGUAUCUAAUGCUGAUGUUGCUUCAUCUAACAAUACAAUUUGUGGUGCCUUCAAUAUUGUUCUGGAAAUAAAUAUAACAACUUUGAGUGCUAGAAAUAUCCAAAUAUGUAAUAACUAGGCUAUCCAGAGGCGCCCGUGGCGCCUCUU